CUCGUGCCAGUGCCGUACAAGAAUUUCAACGCCUUUGUCAAUUCCGCUGCCUCCGUCAUAUAGGCAUUGUUUAUUACUAGCUUAAAAUUGCUUUCCAGUGCCUUCUGCAAACAUUUAUGGUCGGAAAAUAGUGUUUAGUGGCGGAUUUGUGGCGCAAAUUAGCAGCAUACGAAACAGCCGACAGACCACGAUAGCGAAAGGAACAUUGGCCGACCGACCCGCCGACCUUGUAACCGGAAUUGGACGUAAACGUGAACCACUGGCUCAGCGAUGGCGUCCGGUUCAACCUUGCAGAAGGCGAUCGACAUCGUGACGAAGGCAACGGAGGAGGAUCGAAACAAAAAUUACGAGGAAGCGCUGCGCCUCUACGAACACGGCGUAGAAUACUUUCUGCAUGCGAUCAAGUAUGAGGCGCAGGGCGAUAAGGCGAAGGAUUCGAUCCGGGCCAAAUGCUUUCAGUAUCUGGAUCGGGCCGAAAAGCUGAAGGCAUACCUGAAGAAGGGCAAGAAGAAACCGGUAAAGGAUGGGGAAAGUGGUGCCGCAAAGGACGACAAAUCGAAAGGGAACGACAGUUCCGAUUCCGACUCAGACGAUCCGGAAAAGAAGAAGCUGCAGGCGAAGCUCGAGGGCUCGAUCGUAAUCGAAAAGCCGAGCGUCAAAUGGUCCGAUGUGGCGGGGUUGGAAGGUGCGAAGACGGCACUGAAGGAAGCCGUCAUACUGCCGAUCAAGUUUCCCCAUCUGUUCACCGGCAAGCGAAUGCCGUGGAAGGGUAUUCUGCUGUUUGGGCCACCCGGUACUGGCAAAUCGUACUUAGCGAAGGCCGUCGCAACGGAAGCCAACAAUUCGACCUUCUUCUCCGUGUCCAGCUCUGACCUCGUAUCCAAGUGGCUCGGCGAGUCGGAAAAACUCGUGAAGAACCUGUUCGAGCUCGCCCGCGCCCACAAACCAUCCAUCAUCUUCAUCGACGAGGUCGACUCACUGUGUUCCGCCCGGUCGGAUAAUGAAAGUGAAAGUGCCCGCCGUAUCAAGACGGAGUUUCUCGUGCAGAUGCAGGGCGUGGGCAGUGACAAUGACGGUGUGCUAGUGCUCGGCGCUACCAACACACCCUGGAUAUUGGAUUCCGCCAUCCGGCGCCGGUUCGAGAAGCGCAUCUACAUCCCGCUGCCGGACGAGCACGCGCGCCUGGUAAUGUUUAAGAUCCAUCUCGGCAACACGGCCCACACACUGACCGAGGACAAUCUGCGCGUGCUCGCGAGCAAAACGGACAAAUUUUCCGGCUCGGACAUUUCGAUUGUGGUGCGCGAUGCGCUGAUGCAGCCGGUCCGGAAGGUACAGACGGCGACACACUUCAAGAAGGUGAGCGGCCCAUCGCCGGUGGACAAGAAAACGAUCUGUGACGAUCUGCUGGUACCGUGCAGUCCGGGUGAUGCUGGCGCGUUCGAGAUGACAUGGGUGGACGUACCGGGGGACAAGCUGUUCGAGCCACCGGUUACAAUGAACGAUAUGCUGAAAUCUCUGGCCAGUACGAAACCAACCGUCAACGAGGACGACAUGAAAAAGUUGGACAAAUUUACCGAGGACUUUGGACAGGAAGGUUAAAGCGUGGAAAAGGGAGCACGUGAGCCGGGGGUCGACAAAACGGGGUAUUGAGUGGGAAGGAGACGAGCGGCGGGCAGCAAAAGUUAAACUCUACAACACGAAACGAUGAAAAGUGAAAGAGUAUGAGCAGGCGUAUGUGUGUGUUCGUGCAUGUGUGUGUGACUGUACAAGCGUAAAAAAGAUAAUCAGGACGCAUAUUAAUAUUUUUUUUUUAAAUAACUAUUUGCUUUAAACCAUUCUCUGCUUAAUUUUCGUGUGCAGUCGCUUACGACUCUCUUUACGACCCGGAAUUGGAUUCUGGUCCCGAUUCCAUUCAUAAACCUGCAAGGUUAAAUUGUGCUUGAGACGUUCCACUUCAAUGCGUUUUGUUUGUAGUAGUGACCUAUAAGGUCACGACCUGCCAUAAGAAAAAAGAUUGGCUUCCUAAACUGGCACCUUGCAAGUUGAAAGUCAUUCGUAACCGGAUAAUCUCAUACCUUGCUACAUCGUGUUGGUGAUUAGUGAUGGGUCAUAAGACUCUUUGCACGAAUCGACUCGGAGUCGAGAUCGUUCCUAUAGGAAUCGUGUAUAAGCCGUCGGUGCAACGAGUUCAGGUCGACCCGUAGUUGCAGCAAAGUAAACGCGAGUUCCACCCGUAGGUUCGAGUUCAUCGGUGACUGGAACGAGUCCGAGUCGACCUGAUUUCGGGACUACCCCAUGAAUUAGACCCACAGUUCGACCAGAACUCCUUGGAACUCGAACGAUUCCGGGUCGCUUACGGAUGGCUCCCGAUCCGGUAGGUUCGGGUAGACUUGCCCAUCACUAGGUGAUAGGAGUUUUAUUGUCAAGUCCGUGGUUUCCACAAUAGGAAGGAAACUGAAACGCGUUUGUUUAAACACACAUGCAUACACACACACACGCGCGCGCGCACAUACUAAUAGUGAGAGUCCCAAUGUGUGAUGAUGAUUAUACGCGGUAAAAGCAAGUAAAAGUAAGCAAACAAAAACACAAAAAAAGCAAAGGCGAAACAAAAAUGAAUUACCUAUAUUAUAUAGAUAUAUAUACAAUAUAUGAACAAAACCAUAUGACCUAUGUACGAUCAUUUUCAACUCAAUUGCCUUGCCGCGGUAGCAAAUACUGGCGUGAAAUAAAUCUGUUACGUUUCUGUUAAUGCCGAUUACCAAACGCAAAAGAAACCGAUCGAAAGGAUAGCAAAAGCGACACACACACACACGUAUGCAUUGGUUUUUAAUAUAGGCUUUUUGUUUAUUUUUUGUUAUUUGCCCUUUUACAUAAUUCCUAUUUUGCUUUCUAUUUUGCCCUUUUCCUGUAAAGAACAGUGUAGUGGAUUCCGGUUAAGUUUUAAUUGUGGUAGAUUAAGGAUUGCCUCUAUGUCCUGGAUGUUGAUGCUCGUGUUUUUUUUCCGAUACCUGUUAUAUUUCAAAUGUAUCAUCUCUAGUGCGUUUAACUUUUGCUCGCUUUUGUUCGUGCCUCUUGAUCUAUCCCUUAAGCUGGUGACAGAGCGUCCGAAACCAUCCAGAAAAGCAGGACGAGGAGGACUCGGAUAGCUGGGAUACGCGUUAGGGUCUGGACUCCAUGUGAUGUGCAAAUUGAGUCUGAAUAGGUGAAUGAGUUAAAUGUUAACAAUGGAUUAAAUGGAU